UUGAUACCCCCCCUCCCCUCAUUGGAGCUCUUAUCAGUGGGGAGCUUUAUUAGAGACGAUGCCCAAAAGGGGGAGGGGCCACUGUUUCUUUGAUAGAUAAGUAUUAGACCCCCUGCAAGAAUGCGAUCACAGUAGAAAAACAAGUCAUUGUGUUUUCUUCCCUCGGCCGAGUCAGCUCCAAAAUGCAGCAGCUGAUCCUGCCCGUUCUCCUGGUGUCAUUUUUGACAACUUGCACAAGAGCAGGAGAUUGGUGUUAUCAGUCCCAGUUUGCCUGUGACCAUCAGUGCAAUGCGCCAGGCAACUGGAACCACGCCCACAGCGACUGUGAAGGAAGGAACCAGUCGCCCAUCAACGUGGUCACCAGAAAGACUCUGAAAGACGAGCGGCUGACUCCCUUCAAGUUCGACAACUACCAGCAGAUCUUCAGAGCCACAAUCAAGAACAACGGCCACUCGGUUCAGGUUGGAGUUCCGAACCUGAGCACCAUCUCGGAUGGGGGUCUACCCGGCGGCUACAAGGCCGUGCAGUUCCACCUGCACUGGGGCAACAAUGGAGGGCCUGGCUCCGAACACACCAUCGAUGGGGAGCAGUAUCCCAUGGAGCUGCACAUUGUUCACAUGAAGCAGCAUUACACUGAUCUGACAACAGCGCUGUCGGACCCGGAGGGAGUGGCUGUCCUUGGGUUCUUCUAUGAGAGGUCCACCAGUGCCAACCGGAAGUACGAGCCCAUCAUUAAGGCUCUGCAGAACAUCAAAGCUGCAAAUGGAAAUACUUCUUUAAAUUCCAUCUCCCUGGCCCAACUGAUCCCACCUGAGAAGAAUCUGACCACAUAUUACCGCUACAAGGGCUCUCUGACCACCCCAGGGUGCACCGAGGCUGUGAUUUGGACUUUGUUUGAGAAUCCCAUCCCUCUGAGCGUGGAACAGCUGCGGGCGUUCUCUGAGCUCAAAUUCCAAAAUGGGAAGCAGAUGGUGGGCACCUUCCGGCCGGUGCAGCCCCUGAACGGUCGGCAGGUGUUUCGGUCGGGAGGCGCAGCGAUCCUGGCGAGUUCCGCCCUCCUCGUGGCCGCCAUCGCCAUGGCCUUCGCACUGUCCCCAGUCGACUAACGGCGAGGCGUCCCGUGCUGCACUGCGACCUCCACGGACACUAAAACGUUUUUUCGUCCCUCCUCAGCUGAACUCCCGUCUGUAACAUCUUCAUCGCAUGGUCGCUAAGAUGAUCGACCCCGUCGUAGUGCAGUCAUGCCUCUCCUGGUGUUCCUCCCUAACAGCACAUAUGACAAAGGCGUUCGAGGAGCGCCUUACGAACUGUGCUGUGAGGGUUUGGUCAGCGUCCGUGCAUGCGUAGUGAGGCAGUAGAUCUCAUUUCAGCGUUAUGAAUGAGCCGUGAAGCGAGUCAUCAAGGCCUCAAAGCACCAACUGAAUUCACAACAUUAGAUCCAGCGGUCAUGCCCUCAUUUUCCCUCACAUUGUCAUCCCAUAAAAGCCAGCGCGCCGUCGUACACUUCCUCCUUGGCCAAUGUCAGGUAAAUUUAGUCUGCAUGUCAGUGUGAGUCGCCAUUUUUUUUUUUGCACUCUGUGAAACAAGAUCAGCCCCAUGACCCGGGUGACGUGAAGCGCUGUGCUCAGCAGGGCACGUGAACGCCACCGAGCUAUUAAUAGCAGAACAGAGUGAAACAAAAACGCUGCAUUUGCAGGCGAGGGGGUGUGAGGUCUUGCCUUUAGGACCGUUUCCACCCAAAGUUAGAGGCUGCUGACACCUGACACACGGCUGAAGCAGCAGAGAUGGUAAAGCUGUCGAGUGCGGGACAGUUUCAGAGGGAGGAGGGAGCAUCCACGGAGGGAGAAGAUGAGAAAAUCCCCCCACGUUGUUAUUUUCAUGCAUCUUAGACAUGGGUCGCAUGGAUCUGUAUGUCCUGAUGUUCCAGAUGUUCCUAAAGAGUGUGUAUAAGUGUACAUGCUAGAAAGAUUCAUACAGACCCACCCCGGCCACUCCAUGUCUCCUUUUGGACCUGUGAAGUUCAGUGAGCUUGUCUUGAGAACAUUUGACUGUGUUGAUGGUUUGUAUUACAUGGUUUCAGAUGCACUGAAUGUUAUCGACUGUGAAUUACACCCCACUGAGUCCUCACUCAUUUAUCCAGGACUUUGUUAUGUAUUCUAGCGAGAGAUCUGUGCAAUUUGCGAGAAGGUUUCGCUGUGAAGACCGAACAAGGAAUUUGUAUAUUUUCCAUGGUUUCAUAAGGCAGAGUUAUAUUUCUAUUCUCUGUCAUUGUAUAGUCAUUUAUGUACUGAAUGUGUAUAUUGAUAGGAGACGUACAGUCAUUGUUAUUUAUGUAUUGCAGAAGUUUAUAUAUAUUACCGAAUGCAGAACCAUAUGUGAAGCAUCAUGUUGUCCACAAGCAAUGAAGUUGUCUUAUGCUGUAAUACUUGAAAGUGUCAUGGUGAAUGUUUUCCAACUGAACAAAUGAAUAAACUGCGUAUAUACCUUUUUAUUGGA